AUUUAUCAACACUGAUUAACAACCACAUUAACCCACGCAGCAGUWGCAACAACAACAAAAUUACGCGAUAAACAAAACGAAGCCGAUUUCCUAGCAAUUAAGCACAAUGAGUGUUGUAAGCACAGCACCAGCAUCACAAGAUGCCUGCUAUAUAUCGCUUCUUGGGCUCGCCGAAUACUUUCGUACCUCACAACCGCCAAACAUAAAAAAAUGCAUUCAAUGUUUACAGGCGCUCUUCACUUUUCAGCCGCCUUCAAAGGUGGAGGCGCGUACACACCUGCAAAUGGGUCAAGUUCUUAUGGCUUACACAUGCAACAUAGAUUUGGCGCGUCGACACUUGGAGCAGGCAUGGAGUAUCGCGGAGCCUCUUAUGAAUUUUGAUGAUGUCAAAUUCGAUACUGCCUCACUGCUCGCCCAACUGCACCUUAAAACGGAACAGAGCUCACAUGCCAAGGCGAUGCUCCGACGAGCCGUCGAAUUAUCACAAAACAAUGUCUAUUGGCAUUGUAAGCUGCUACUGCAACUGUCUCAGAUCCAUGCGAGCGAUCGUGAAUAUUCGCUGGCCAGUGAUUUAUUGGCUGUGGGCGCCGAAUCGGCUGAGGAAGCGGGUGCCACAUACCUUAAAGUACUGUUUUUGCUUUCACGGGCCAUGAUCCUAAUGAUUGAACGGAAAACGAAUGAUGUGCUGGCACUGCUCAAUUCAGCGGGUCAAAUCAUCGAUAAUAAUAUACCUAAUCCACAUCAAAAAGAGUAUCUGAAAGUGUUCUUCCUAGUGCUGCAAGUGUGUUACUAUCUGGCCCUCGGCCAGGUGAAGACAGUAAAGCCCAGU